AUAUCGACUGCAUUGCCGACUAUUUGACGCUUAUCAGCAAUAGCAAUAACAAUUGGCAGAUCUGAUCUAUCUGAAGGUUUCACCAACGACGACGGUGAUGAGGAUGGGGUCUUCAUCUUGCUCCUUCUUCCUCCUCCUCGUACUGGGCCUUCUCCCCUUCUCCCUCUCAGAGAUCCGCUACUCCGAGAUCCGAACCGACGAUCGGCCCAUUGUUCCCUUCGAUCAGUUUGGGUUCACCCAUAGGGGUCGCCUUGAGCUCAAUGUUUCCAGAAUCUCCCUCUCCAAUUCCAAUUUGGACCUCUCAAAGGUUGGCUUCUUUCUCUGCACCCUGGAUUCCUGGCUCCAUGUCCUCCAGCAGCUGGAGGAUGGUGAGAUUCGGUGCACCCUUCAAUCGGAUCUCGUGAAGUCUGUAUACACCUUUAAUUCUCUGAACGGCAAAGACUCUUUCAACACCGAGUACACCGAAAACGACGCCGAUCAGUACAACCUGGUGUUCGCCAACUGCCACCCGCAGCAGCUGAAAGUGAGCAUGGAUGUUAAAUCUGCCAUGUACAAUCUGGACGGAAGGAGCAACACCCGCGAUUACCUCUCUGCUGGGAGAACCAUCCUUCCCAAGGUCUAUUUCCUGCUGUCGCUGGUGUAUUUCGCUUUGGCUGCUCUUUGGAUCAGCGUGCUCUACAAGAAGCGAUUGACCGCAUUUCGUAUCCAUUACUUCAUGCUUGCCGUCGUCAUCUUGAAGGCUUUGAAUCUCUUGUGUGAGGCUGAAGACAAAUCCUACAUCAAGCGCACCGGCAGCGCCCACGGCUGGGAUAUCAUCUUCUACAUCUUUAGCUUCCUCAAGGGCAUUUCUCUCUUCACUCUCAUCGUCUUGAUUGGCACCGGCUGGUCCUUCCUCAAGCCCUUCCUUCAGGAUAAGGAAAAGAAGGUUCUCAUGAUUGUCAUCCCCCUUCAAGUCAUCGCUAACAUUGCUCAGGUUGUCAUUGACGAGAGUGGUCCCUACGGCCACGACUGGGUUACCUGGAAACAGGUCUUCCUCCUCGUCGAUGUCGUUUGUUGCUGCGCCGUGCUCUUCCCCAUUGUCUGGUCCAUCAAGAAUCUCCGUGAGGCCGCCAGGACUGACGGCAAGGCCGCUGUUAAUUUAAUGAAGCUUACCCUCUUCCGUCAUUAUUACAUCGUUGUCAUUUGUUACAUUUACUUCACCAGGGUUGUGGUUUAUGCCUUGGAAACCAUAACAUCCUAUCGCUAUUCUUGGACCAGUGUGGUUGCUGCUGAGUUAGCCACGCUUGCUUUCUACAUCUUCACCGGCUACAAGUUCAAGCCUGAAGCUCACAAUCCUUAUUUUGUCAUCGAUGACGAAGAGGAAGAGGCUGCUGCCGAGGCAUUGAAGCUUGAAGAUGAAUUUGAGUUGUAAUUCUCUCAAAAUACAAAAACAUUGAACGUUUCCCGAUUCAGGUGUUGAACAACUCGGUACGAUAUUCAGCAAGGCUCAGGUUUCAUGGUUUCAUCUCAACGACAGUUAGGAAUUUUCAAGUUACAUUUGAUGAAUAUAGUCAUUAUUCAUAAAUCAUUGUGCUAUAUAUUUUGUGUUCUGGUCUCAUGCCAGUUUUUUGAACUUAGUGUCAUAAUAUCCUAAACCCUUGUGUAGUGCUAUGAACAUAUAUUACCUUGUCUAAGUAUUGAUACGGAUAUCUUGCAAACAUUUUUUUUUGUCA